GAUUGCUGGGCUCGCAUCUACACUCCCCCGUCAGAGAAAGACAGUGGGUCUGUGGCUGUGUUCAUUCACGGUGGAGGCUGGAUCAUGGGAAGCCCGAAUAUCGAAGAUGCGGCAUGCCGACGGAUUAGCAAGUCAAGUGGUAUGAAAGUUGUUAGCAUCGGAUAUCGACUGGCACCCAAAUUUAAAUUCCCUACUGGUCUCGACGACUGCGUACGAGUUACACUUUGGGCAUUGGAUCACUUUUCGGUACCUUCCGUGAUUAUCAUGGGAGGCUCAGCGGGUGCUAAUCUCGCUUUUGGUGUGACACUGAAACUUGUGGAUGCAGGAUUUGGGGAGAAGGUGAAAGGUGUACUGGCUCUGGUGCCUGCAACCGUGCAUCCCGACGCUGUUCCAGAAGACAAAAGGGAUCAGUACACUGCUCUGCAUGAAAAUGCUAACAAUACUGUCAACACUUUGGCUUCGAUGGGUUGCUUCUUGGACUCCUAUGCAGCACCACCGCACGACAAGUAUUUCUCGGUUCUUCUUCAUCCUCGUCUGAGAGAUUUGAAAAAGGUUUACAUUGUCGAAUGUGGAACUGACACCCUGAGAGAUGAUGCACGAUUGAUGGGAGAAGCGUUGAAGGAGUCUGGUGUGCCUCUUCUGUAUGAUGCCUAUCCUGGGUACCCUCACUACUUCUGGUCAUAUCCAUCUCCAGUGUUAGCGGAGGCUUCCGAGACUUUCCAUGAGAACAUGUUCCGAGCGCUAGCAUGGCUUGAUCAUGAAUGA